AUGGAAUACAAACAUAAAUCGGGCUCACAAAAGCGGAAGGAAAAAGCUACUGCUUUGGAAAACGACAAAAUCGGUAGUCGUUCGUUAUUUCAAUUCGGAAUCAUUAAAGAAAAAAACAAAACAAAGACAGCCGUAAAUUUUCCUACUUCGGCUGAGUCUCCUGACUGUCCGGUAGGGCUAGAAUUUUCAGAAUCGCACCGAUUGGAUGAAAAUGGAAAUAGCGAUAUCCAAACUCAAAAUAAUGACAGUGUAAAUAUAAUAAAAGAUAAUGAUGCCUCUGUAAACAUAGAAACUGUUGAAAGAUUUGGAUUUGACGUUGGUACUUUGCCAGCCGGGCCAAUACCCACACAGACUAUAGAAACCGUGAUUCGAAACGGUCCACCUAGACACCCGGACAAUUUUCUGGGAGAUGGACAAAGAGCUUUUCCGACGUGCAUUUUAAAGUUGAAAUUGGAAUCUAUAUUUCCAAAUAUUGCUAUUGCCUUACGAAUCUUUUGUACAAUUCCUGUAACUGUAGCAGAAGCUGAAAGGACAUUCAGCAAACUGAAGCAAAUAAAUAGUGUGUAG